AUGAUUCGCUUACCGCCCAGCAGCCUGUCCCUGUCGGAGCGCGAUAUCGAGUUCCAUCUCCGACAGACGCAAAUCUAUCAAGGCUUAUUGAGGCAAGGCUUCAAGAAGGAUGACAUUAUCCGCUAUCUGAACGACUAUCGCAACGCUGCGGCAGAUGCAGUCUAUCCUGGCCUGCAAGGCUUCGGUCUGUCAACCUCGAGUACCGUCGAGUUGUCCUACCGUCGUCCCCAGCCGUCGCCGGGAGAAAGUGACAGAGACCAAGGCAAGGAGAAGAGUCCUGUUUGUCACGGUUCCUCCGAGUCCAUAGAUGGGCUGAUUACCUGCUUCCCGGAUCUUUCUCCCGAUAUUGAAGAGUUCCAAGACGAGCCCCCAGACCACCUUUCAGACAUUCUCGGUCAGGGAAGUGAAAAUUCUCCCAACGGGAGCCCCAAGUCGCCCAGGUCCCUCGGACCGACCCUGCACCUCAAUCAACAUGCUCCUCGUAAGAGCUCGCUUCUUCGAUUUGCGGAGGUGGUGUCACCAGAGCGUCCUUCUCCUGACGCAGAAGAGGGAAGACCGGUUCCUGUGCCGACAGCCACACCCAUGCGGAAAAAGUACAAGCGACGAAGUCACACCUACCCAUACCAGUCCUCCGAGCAGGACUCUGUGGCCGAAACAUUGACACAGGAUCAGAUCCUGGACAGCCUGAAUCAGAUCUCCUUGGACGACUCGUUGGAGGAUGCACCCCUCGAACUGCCACCCGCGAUCCAUACCACGGCUCCAAUAUAUCCAGCACAAGACGUCAUGUUCGCAAGUCCAGCAACAGAAUCAGCACCAGGUGAUGGCUCCGUGCAUAGAUCCAGCACAGACAUUGCUCAACCUACCUUAGGACGCCGUCGAAGCAGCAGCGACGUCCUUGGACAGAUGUAUUUCAUAACAGAUAUGCCAAGCUCACCUCCUCUUCCACGAACGCCAGCAAACGACUACUUCGGGCAAGAACCUGCUUCUCCCGGCUCUCCUCGACUGCCCAGCACACCGACACCGAUUCGUAAUGCUGCUACCCUACCGCGCACUGAGCCUCGCCCUCACAGACCUCGAUAUCUGGACGGGAGCUCCUACGCCGUGUACAAUGAUUCACUCCCUGCAGAUUCUCAGCCUCAAACUCCCGCCGAUGUGGCGAGGCAUCCGCUGAUCACGGAGCAAGAUGCUGUAUAUACGGCACCUCCGGGAAUGCUCCGCAUCCGAUCGGUCUCUGUUGCACACCGUGAUCGACCAGGUUGGGAUCGGGAAACCGCCCAGCAAAGUCCAACUGCACGAGCCAUCAAUAUGCGUGAACGGCGCAACCGGGAAUUGACGAGAAGUGUGCAGGCUGAAGGUGUUCGAUUGCAGAGGUUGAGGAUCAGGGACGAGAGUCGGUUUAUGCAGCGUGCGCUCGAGGCUGACGCUGCCGCCACGGGCGGAAAUCGAGCAGAGAUGUUGUCCCCGGCUACAGACGACAUAUGGAGGGACGAGCUCGAAGCCGAUCGUGUGGGAGAUGAGAACUUCGAAACAGGCAACAACGGUGGUGAUCGAGGGGUCAUGAGAGCUGUCAGUGGAAAUGCUAGGCUUGACCUUGGAGGAUGGAAUGGAUGA